AUGGUAUUAGUUUUCUUGUGGUUGAUUGUUGCAGUAAUUGUGGGAACAUUUGUUCUUUCAUUUGGAUUCCUUAAGAAACCAACUGGGCGGGACAGGAACCUGCAAAAUCUUAUUCUUCAAACUCAAAGGUACGGUGAAACAGGGAUUUAUAAGACCAAUUUGUUUCGGAACCCAAGCAUCAUAGUUUGUAGUCCGGAGCUAUGUAGGAAGGUGUUGACAGAUGAUGAGCAAUUUCAACUUGGUUACCCUCUUUCAAGUCUAGUUCUGGAUGGAAUGCCAUCGGAUUACAUAUCGGGUUCAGGUCACAAGCGAUUUCACAGGCUAACAACGAGCAGUCUCACUCGAAACGAACCGCUCUCAUUGCAUAUAGGGAGUGUUGAAGAAAUUGUUACCAAUGCAUUGGAAGAAUGUAGUAAGAUGAAGGAACCAAUCCUUUUCUUCCAUGAGAUGAAUAAGAUUGCUUUCAAAGUCAUAAUGACCAUGUUCCUUGGCUAUGCAACUGACGAUACUGUUAUCGCAUCAAUGGAGAAGUCUUAUACAGAUUUAUUCUCUGGAUUAUUUUGCACUCCUAUUAACAUCCCUGGUUUUGCAUACCAUAAAGCAGUCAAGGCAAGGAAGAAGCUGGUGAAAGAGAUUCAAGGCGUAUUGGGUGAAAAGAGAGAGAGGAAACGUAAUGACCCAAACUCAAAGAUCGGCCUAAUUGAUGUUAUUAGGGAAGCUGAAGAUUCGAAAGGAGAAAAAUUGGAUGAAGAAUAUAUUAUUAUUAUAUUAGUGAUGUUCUUGAUUGCGGGUCGUGAAACUUCGGGACGUGCAGCUACAUGGGCCACCAUGUAUCUCCAUCAUCAUCCCCAUGUGUUGCAAAAGGCCAAGGAAGAGCAAGAGAAAAUCAUGAAAAGAAGGCCUUCUUCCCAGAAAGGUUUAACCCUCUCCGAAAUCAAACAAAUGAAAUAUCUAUCUAAGGUGAUUGACGAAACAUUACGAAGACGGACCAAUGUUUUUGCACUAUUUCGAGAGGCAAAAAAUGAUACUCAUCUAAAUGGGUACUUCAUACCAAAAGGUUGGAAAGUAUUGGUUUGGCAAAAUGCAGUUCAUAUGGACCCUGAAAUUUAUCCCAACCCAAAAGAAUUCCUUCCUUCAAGAUGGGAUGGUUUUAAACCCAAGGUAGGAGCUUUUCUACCGUUUGGAGCAGGAAGUAGUACUUGUCCUGGAGCUGAUCUAGCCAAACUUGUGAUCUCCAUUUUCCUUCAUUGUUUCAUCCUUAACUAUAAGUGGGUUUACUUAAAAAAAUUUCUUAUCAAAUUAUGCUUUUCAUCUCUAUACUGUAUUCAAUUUGGAAAUUUAGUUUUUAAUUUAGUACUUCAGUGUUAUAAUCAAAAUUGA